UUGGAGUAAGUUGGAUGUGCGCUCUCCUCACUCGCAUCCAGAAGCCGCCUCGAAAACUAUUGCGAUGGGGAGGAUCAGGAAAAACCACUUUGGGAUUUUGACUUUUUCCUUACUCGUGACUUUCGUCUGGGCUCAAAGCAGCAAGGAUCUCAAAGAUCCGAGCAAUAUGCCUCUGGUAAAAGAAACGGUGGACAGACUGAUGAAAGGAUACGACAUUCGGUUGAGGCCAGAUUUCGGAGGUGCGCCGGUGGCGGUGGGAAUGAACAUAGACAUCGCCAGCAUAGACAUGGUCUCUGAAGUCAAUAUGGACUACACACUCACCAUGUACUUCCAACAAGCAUGGCGGGACAAGCGGCUCUCCUACUCUGAGAUUGCCUACAACCUGACUCUGGAUAACAGAGUGGCUGACCAGCUCUGGGUGCCUGACACCUACUUCCUCAACGACAAGAAGUCGUUCGUUCAUGGUGUCACCGUUAAAAACAGGAUGAUCCGUCUCCACCCAGAUGGGACUGUUCUCUAUGGACUCCGGAUCACCACAACUGCAGCUUGCAUGAUGGACCUGCGUCGCUAUCCUCUAGAUGAGCAAAACUGCACCCUGGAGAUUGAAAGCUAUGGGUACACCACUGAUGACAUCGAGUUUUACUGGAGAGGUGGAGACGGCGCUGUGUCGGGCGUAGACAGAAUAGAGCUGCCACAGUUUUCCAUCGUCGACUACAAACUCAUCUCCAAGAACGUUGUGUUCUCGACAGGUUCAUACCCUCGCCUGUCUCUCAGCUUCAAACUGAAGAGGAACAUAGGUUACUUCAUCCUGCAGACAUACAUGCCUUCCAUCCUGAUUACCAUCCUCUCCUGGGUCUCCUUCUGGAUCAACUACGAUGCAUCGGCUGCCAGAGUGGCCCUGGGGAUCACCACGGUGCUGACCAUGACCACCAUCAACACCCACUUGCGAGAGACGCUCCCAAAGAUCCCCUACGUGAAGGCCAUUGACAUGUACCUGAUGGGCUGCUUUGUGUUUGUGUUCCUGGCCCUGCUGGAGUACGCCUUCGUCAACUACAUCUUCUUUGGCCAGGGGCCCCAGCGACAGAAGAAGGCGGCAGAGAAAGCCGCCACUGCCAAUAAUGAGAAACUGAGACCAGACCCCAACAAGUGGCUGGUGGGAAAUGUAGUUCAGAGAGAUGAUGCUCUGUAUGCCAGAAUGAAACAGAGGGAAAUUGACGCAUAUGACUCGAUGUGGGAUCCCAUCUUUGUGGACGAUGCCGCAUUAGGACUAGGGGAUCAAAGAAAUAAGAUGACCCCCGACGACAACAUCCUGUUCAGUGCAAUGGAGAUGAAGAAUGAGAUUGGCGGCGCCGGGGAUCUGUCCCGGGGCCUGGGAGCCCCCGGAGACCCCCGUAACACCAUGCUGGCCUACGAUAGCUCAACACUGCAGUACCGCAGGGCAGCCAUGGCCCGCCAGAACUAUGGCCACAGCGCUUUGGAGCGCCACGCCCAGAAAAAGUCCCGCCUACGGAGACGGGCCUCCCAGCUCAAGGUGAACAUCCCAGACCUCUCCGACGUGAACUCUAUCGAUAAGUGGUCCAGGAUGAUCUUCCCCACGGUCUUCUCCUUCUUCAACGUGGUCUACUGGCUCUACUACGUCCAUUAAAGCUGGCGAAGUCUGCUGGCCGGCUUGUGGCAGGCACAUAAGAAGAAGAAGAAGAAGAAAAAGACGAAGAAGAAGAAAAAGAAGAGAAGAAGAAGGAGUAGGUGGGGUGGGUAGGGGGAUUUAGUGGAGAAAUCAAGAAAGAGAGAGGAUGUGUGAGAGAGAGACGGAGAGGGAGAGAGAGAGAGAGAGAGAGAGAGAGAGAGAGAGAUGAAAAGAGUGUGCUGACUUUUUUUAGCUGGUUCAUUUUAGACAACGUGAGAGGAAUGCAAAGACUUUCAGAUGGACUGCAGCAACAUCCACUUCAGUCAGCAAUGACUCUUUUAGGAUUUGGGAAACACCUUAAAUCAACUGACAAACAUUCAAAAAAGAAGAGAGUUUUAAAAAGACAGAAAUGGUGCCUGUUCCAGAAUUUCUAUAUAUCACUAAUAUUUGUCAUUCGUAGCUUACUCUGUGAAUCAAAUAUUUAUGCUUGUGUUUGCAUAUACUUUAAGGAUUUCUUUUGUUUAGUAUCUAUUUACUUCGUAGCCGAGCUGUCUGCAUCAAGGAAAGCUUUAUAAAUGAUUUUAAGGGAGUCAUCCUUGAUAGUCUAUUUUCCUAUAAUUAAUGUAUAUCAAAAACAUCCUUUUAAAAGCAUGCUUAUGUUUGAUUUAAUUUGCAUUUCAGUCAUGAUAAAGAAGGAGCAGAAAAAGUAUUUUAUUUUUUACUAGUUGAGGCUUUUCUGUCAGUUAAAGUUUUCAGCUUUUGGCUUGGCGUGGUCCUACCUGGGUGGAUGUUUUGAGCGUCACUGGAUGGCAAAAGAUGGACAGCAAGGGGCUCUCUCUUCUCCGGACAUCGCUGUGGGGCUUUAGUGACGCCACUGCUGAAUGGAAAACGUGGGGAAACGUGGACUGUGGAGACUGAUGCUUUGGCCAAGUUUAAUGAUUUGCUUUUGCUGUGCUGAGAGGGAUCAAGUCCAUUUAACCGCGUGUGUUUUUUGUUUGUUUAAAAGAGAAACAUUCCUGACAUCAUGUAAGGCACUUCAGAGGUGGACAUUGGCGUUUUACACUUGGAAGCCGGUGUAAGAACUUAUUGGACGAGUUGGGUUUCAUUGCAAGUAGAGUGGCCGCAUAAAUAUGUCAAUCCACAUCCAUCAUUAUUAGUAGAAUUGAAUGAUAGAUGUAUGAUGCAUUCCAUUGUGAUUAGGUUUUCUGUUUUGAAAAGCUGUAGAUAAACAUUAAUCAUAUUGAAAGAAAAAGAGAUGAUUCAUUUUUAUAAAUCAAUACUCACAUAAUCAUGUAAAUACUAUGGAUUUAUUCUAUUUAAAUGGGUCUUUGUUGUUGUUUUUGCAGUUGAAUUACACCUCAAAUGCUCCAGUCAGACAAUAAAAUAAAAGAGCAAUUUGACUUAGGAAAAAAUAAAACACAAUUCACAACUUUGCUGACUAUGCUUUUUGGGACUUUUAUCUCUUUUAUUUUCUUUUUAACAGACUCUAAAAGCAUCGACUUGCUGAAACUAAAGUACUUCCAGACACCAGUGGCUUUUGGGUCAACUUUUUGCUUUCCAGGAAAAAAAAAGAAAAAAAAAAACUGAACAAGGACCCCACUAUCCAGGCAUUGAAGUCAGGCAUAUUUUGUACAAAGUUUCUGUAAAUUCCAGUUAUGAUAUUUCAUAAUGACUGUAAAUAUAUUGUGUAAUGAUUGUCAGCAAUUAUGAAGAUGUAUCUAAAUUCAAUUAAAACUCGAUUCAGUCUAUCACUUGAACAACAGAGUAAACGGGUUCCUGCGUCCUGUUUGAAUGCGAGGCUGAUUGCUGACUGGCAGGCUCAUGGGUGAUUGCGUGUGUGAAUGAGUGAGUGAACAACAAAACCCGACGCAGGGAAAGAGUAGGCAAGCGAGAGAGGCUAAUGUAGGGGUGAGCAGAGAUGUAAGCGCUGCAGCUGGGGACUCUUGGCUGCAUAAUGGAUGGAGAGGCAGAGGAGCUGCAGUGGGAGGUGGUGGUCGUAGUGGUCUGGGCCAACUGCAGUGGGCUGGAUUGGGGUUUGAGCAGGGCUGAGCUCAGCCCCCAGCCUCAGGGGACAUUAAUGCAGAGAGCCAGAGAUAUGGAGACACUCUUUGGACUCAACUGUGGCCCUUUGACUGCAGGGGCCUGAGCACUUGGUACAAAAAAAGACAGGGAUGAAAGAAAAUAAAGGGAAAGAGAGAGAGGGCUCCAUCUGUGCAUCCAUCCAUGCCUCGUCUUCCAGCAGCAUCCUCCCCUCACACUGCAAACAGGCUGCGCUCUGCGCUGCACUCACUUCCUGACCUGACCGCAUAAAUGGAUGCUAGUGAAUAUUUGAUGCCACAAAACACUGAAUAUUUAAAUUUUAAAAAGGGAUUUUGUUUCUAGUAGAAAAUAAUGUGCAGAUAAUGUUUUAUUUUGAAGAUAAAGGGCCAGAAGAACACAAUAAUAAGCCAACUGGCACAAAAUAUAAGAACAAGAAAGAAAUGAACCAUGCAGGAUUUUUGUAUUUUGACUUUGUUGUGAUGGUGGAAUAGAUGGAAUACCUUAAAAUACUGAUGAUGAUGAUGAUGAUGAUGAUGAUGAUGAUGAUGAUG